UCAAGACGCUGCCCCGACUUCAAUACGGAAGUGAGAUGUUCCUCGUACCUGUCCUCUACAAGGCAGAGCCGGAUAAACGAAACGAAUGAGCGAUACACAUUAUUUCAAGACGACAGCAUGAAAUUUAAGUAAUUUGAAUGUUUGACUACUUCUUCUAGUUUUUAAUCUGAACAUCAUGAAUAUAACAAGAGCGGACGGAAGCUCCUACACGGAAAAUCUCAUUGGGACUUUGCUGUCAAUUUGUGGGAGUGUGGUCAUCAGCAUCUCCUUAACUAUUCAGAAACACAGUCAUGUGACAAUAGCCGGUGCAAAGGACCCACGUGCCUUCUACCGCACCAAAACCUGGUGGUGUGGUUUUCUACUGGCCUGUCUCGGAGAGGGAGCAAACUUUGUCUCAUAUGCCUUUGCUCCUCUCUCUCUCAUAGCACCCCUUAAUGGCGUGUCUAUCCUGACGAGUUCUAUUUUGGGUCUAAUUUUUCUACAUGAGAAAUUAAAGCCGAAGGAUUUUGCAAAGCGCUAUGGCUUGUCCUUCCUGGGCUGUAUCAUAACAAUAGCUGGAACUUACCUCUUUGUGACAUUCGGACCGAACUCUCAUGAAAAGCUCCAUGCUGAAAACAUUGUGAGGCAUAUAGUUGGAUGGCCUGUUCUCUUGUAUCUGCUUCUGGAGAUCAUCACAUUCUGCCUACUUUUAUACUUCUACAAACGCCGCAGUGCCAACUACCUAGUAAUCAUCCUGCUCCUGGUUGCCCUGCUGAGCUCUGGCACAGUGAUUACUGUAAAAGCAGUGUCGGGCAUGUUGGUUCUCACGGCGGAGGGAAUCAUGCAGCUUUACUACCCAAUCUUCAGUGCCCUGUUUGUGUGCAUGGUGGCUUCUGUCGUCUUUCAAGCCAAAUUUCUCUCCCAGGCUUGUAAACUGUAUGACUCCUCUCUAAUUGCCUGUGUCAACUACAUCCUCUCCACCAUCCUGGCUGUGGUAGCUGGGGCCGUGUUUUACUUGGAGUUUAAUAAUGAAGACGUCCUUCACAUCUGUAUGUUUUCAUUAGGGUCUGCAUUGUGUUUCCUUGGGGUCUUUCUCAUCACCAAAAACAGGAAAAGGCCCAAAGCUUUUGAACCAUUUGUCACUAUGGAUAUGACUAACGGUGUACCAACAAUUCACGACAAGGGCCAAGCGGUUCAGCCAGAUAUCAGUGGUUCAUUCUCCUACGGGGCUCUGGUCAACAAUGAUGGGGUGACUCCCGUGUCUUUACCAGUUAACCUGGAACAACCUCCAGUCCGCUCCAGAGCCACCAAUGGAUCUCGUGGUUCUCCUGACCCUUCGGACCUGAAGAAUGAUUAGAAACCAACCAGUAAAACCCCUUCACCUAUUCCUACUGUAAAGCACAUUCAAGGAACUGGAAAGGCCAAGAUGGGUUUGUUUGGUUCUUUUCUCAUGCAUCAUGCACUUACUUACCUCCAGCCUUUUGAAGCCUCAAGGUUUUUAGAGUUCUUCUAAACCUCUAAACCAAAAUAUAACCUUGAGAAACUUUGUUUUUCUUUUAAGCAACCACAUAAAACUCCUGAUUCCUGGAUCAAGAAAUAUAAAGUAUAAGCUGAGUGUUGUGCCUUGAAGCUCUGUAGCUCACUGCCUUGUACACUGUGUAAGCUUUGACAUGUACAGUACUGUACGAAUGAACUGACUUCCAUGACUGUUAAGCAUUUUUUCCCUGUCUCAUUACCAGGGAUGUACUGUAAUCUGUUCUUCCACGUAGGACUUCUGAGCUACUCUUUAGUUUCCAGUUGUUACCAAUGAUGUAUCAACAGACUUUUUCUACUUGCCAAUGAACAUGUGGACUUUAAAUAUCUGCCUCUGACCUAAUUGUGGAGUCUUCACUGCACAGUUGUUUUGUCUCUUGUUCUAGGGAUUUCAUUGUAUUAAUAUUGUUCUGACGUGACCAAACAUUUAAUUUAUUGUACUGUAUUUAUACAUUUUUGUAAAGUUUUGCUUUUAAUGUGCCUUGAACGGUAGCGUUGCACUGGACAAAGGUAGAUGUUACAUCUCAGUAACAGAUUGAAUAAUGCUGUUAUCCGUCAGUGCCUGCUUGCAAAGGAUUACAAAUCUCAAUCAAUUUAAGAAGAAAAGUGAAACUGAUACAAAAAAACUGUUUAUUUGGCCUAAUGUUGGCCUUUAAUGAAUUUUUUGACCCUUCACAUUGAUUACUUGUGAGUUUGGACCAAUCCUAGUCAAAUUAUUUACUGUACAUACUCUGUAUUGCUGCCUAUUUAUUUGUUUCUGGUAUGAUAUUUAUUAGAAAAGAAAGCUACAGUAAAUUAAAUAAAUCCUAGGCAAUGAAUAUCCUCAUAAAAUUAGCAAAUCUUUAAACAGAGUCUCCACAUGCAAACCUGGAUUUCUACAGUGUUAAUAAAAUGGAGACUGACUCUCUUUAAAUGCCAGUGUUCAUUACAUAGUUCUUUUCAUUUUGUGUCUUUGGGUGGGGGAGUCACUGAAAGGUAUCUCUAUUCACCACUGUAAACCUGAAUCCUUUCCACUGUAAAUCAUGCGACUUGUGUCACUCUAUGCAUUCCAGUUGAAUAAAUGUGGCUAAUAAUGGAA